AUGCGUCUCAACUACGUCCCCAACCCGCCAACCGACCUCUCACCGGAGGACCAAGAGGUCCUGGAGCGAGUCAAGGCCCGACGCGGGGCGCAGGGCCUCAUUCCCCUGGACUUGACACUAUUACAUGCGCCGAAAGUGGCAGAUGGUUGGAAUGCUCUCCUCGGUGCUAUACGGACAAAGAACUCCUUACCAGACGACAUCCGCGAGAUUGCCAUUUGCCGCCCUGCCUUGAUCAACCGUGCCUGGUUCGAAUGGAACUCACACGCCCCGAUCCUGCUCAAGUCGCCCGGAUUCACGCAAGAGAAGCUGGACGUUGUUAAACAGCUGCACCCAACAGCAAAGGGGGCUCUUGACGACCGCCAGUGGGCUGUUUUGAGGUACGCAGAUACCGUCACCCGAGACGUGUCAGUUCCGCAAAGUCUUUUCGAUGAAGUCAAGGCCGCAGGAUUCAAUGAGCAGGAAAUAGUCGAAAUCACCGCCACGGUUGCAACCUAUAACAUGGUCAGUCGAUUCCUCGUUGCACUGGACGUGGGUGAGGCGAACGACAAGGUCCCAGAGUGGGCUAGAUAG